AUGACCAAACAGCUGUAUGAUGUCCCUCACAUCACUGACGAGUCCUGGGCUAGAAUGAGGAAACAGCUGUAUGAUGUCCCUAACAUCACUGACGAGUCCUGGGCUAGAAUGAGGAAACAGAUGUAUGAUGUCCCUCACAUCACUGACGAGACCUGGAUUAGAAUGACGACACAGCUGUAUGAUGUCCCUCACAUCACUGACGAGUCCUGGGCUAGAAUGAGGAAACAGCUGUAUGAUGUCCCUAACAUCACUGACGAGUCCUGGGCUAGAAUGAGGAAACAGAUGUAUGAUGUCCCUCACAUCACUGACGAGACCUGGAUUAGAAUGACGACACAGCUGUAUGAUGUCCCUCACAUCACUGACGAGUCCUGGGCUAGAAUGAGGAAACAGCUGUAUGAUGUCCCUAACAUCACUGACGAGUCCUGGGCUAGAAUGAGGAAACAGAUGUAUGAUGUCCCUCACAUCACUGACGAGACCUGGAUUAGAAUGACGACACAGCUGUAUGAUGUCCCUCACAUCACUGACGAGACCUGGAUUAGAAUGACCAAACAGCUGUAUGAUGUCCCUCACAUCACUGACGAGUCCUGGGCUAGAAUGAGGAAACAGCUGUAUGAUGUCCCUCACAUCACUGACGAGUCCUGGGCUAGAAUGAGGAAACAGCUGUAUGAUGUCCCUCACAUCACUGACGAGUCCUGGGCUAGAAUGAGGAAACAGCUGUAUGAUGUCCCUCACAUCACUGACGAGUCCUGGGCUAGAAUGAGGAAACAGCUGUAUGAUGCAGUUUAA